AGGACAGGGGCCGGGCCUCUCGUGGCAGGAACUGGAGUCGGAGGCUUCCCCUACUACUUGCUCAGGGAGGAGAACCUUAGGCAUGCCUUUCAGUGCCUCGGUCUCUGAACUGUCUCACUCGGGGAAAUCCAGCCACAGCCCAAGGUCACCCGUGCAGGAAUCCAGAUGCUGGCCAAGUACAGCAGCACGAGGGACAUGCUGGAUGCUGAUGGAGACACCACGAUGAGCCUGCAUUCUCAAGCCUCUGCUACAUCCCAGCGGCCAGAGCUUGGCCAUACAGAGCACCAGCGUCCUUCUUCUGCUUGGCGUCCAGUGGCCCUGAUCCUGCUGACUCUCUGUUUGGUGCUGCUGAUUGGCCUGGCAGCUCUGGGGCUUGUGUUUUUUCAGUUCUACCAGCUCUCUAACACUCAGCAAGACAGCAUUUUGCAAAAGGAGGAAAAAUUGGGGAAUCUCUCCCGACAGCUGCAAUCUCUUCGAAGCCAAAACAGGAAACUUGCAGAAACUCUGCAUCACGUGGCUGAGAAACUCUGCCGUGAGCUCUACAACAAAACUGGAGAACACAGAUGUAGCCCUUGCCCAGAAAAAUGGAAAUGGCAUGGGGACAAAUGCUACCAAUUCUAUAAAGAAAGUAAGAGUUGGCAGGGCUGUGAAUAUUUCUGCAUUGCUGAGAACUCGACUAUGCUGAAGAUAAACACACAGGAAGUGCUGGAGUUUGCCAUGCCUCAGAGCUACUCUGAGUUUUUCUACUCUUAUUGGACAGGGCUAUCCCGCAACGGCAGCGGCAAGGCCUGGCUGUGGAUGGAUGGAACCCCUUACUCCUCCGAACUGUUUGAGCUUAUGAUAGAUUUGACCAGCCUGAGAAGCAGGGACUGUGUGACCAUCCUCAAUGGGAAGGCUUUUUCCAAGGACUGCAGAGAGCUGAGACGAUGCGCUUGUGAAAAAGCCGCAGCCACGGUGAAGGUGCAGAGUCUCCAUGAGCCUCUGAGUCGGAGGUGGAGGUGAACGGUUCUCCAGCUACAACCACAACUGCAGGCCCCCUUCAGAGAACUGGAAGCUUCUGCUCUGCAGAACACAACUCUAGACUCUUUAUGCGCACCUGGCCUCAUGUGGGUCCAGUUCCUAUUUCUGUCCAUUUAGUCCCUGUUAUACCUUCCAGGUGUUGUUGUGGUUUAGUCAUGAAGUCGUGUACU